GAAGAUAUUAGGAAGUAUGUCAGAAGCAGAUGUGAAUAUCAGCAGUCUUUCUCAAGACUUAACUUCAGCUUCUCCCUUGUGUGUGGAAAUCAGCGGUACCAUUUCAGACUUGCCUCAGAAUGAAAUAAAGAAUGUAAAAGGGAAAAAUGAGUCCAACAUUACACUCUCUGAAGAUAUUUAUAAUACAAUAGACAGUUUGAUAGGUGAUAUCAACAUUGAAAAGUAUUCAGAUAGCAUACCAGCUGACAGCGGCAUUUCUUCCUUCAGACAGUUUGAACCUGUUUGCAAAUUUCAUUGGACAGAAGCCUUUAAUGAUGAAACGGCAACAUUUCAAAAUCCCACGGAAGGCUUAUAUUACACCGAGAAGUCAAAACUGCAGAAUCACAUGAGUAAUUAUGAAGAAGACAGCAAUACAAAGAAAGAUCUAGUGGAAGAAAAGCAAGUGAAAAUUAUCAUUUCCACAAAAGAAGACCUACUCGCCAAUAAGUCUGUCAGUAAACAUUCUAAAAGUCCACCUCUAAUUCAUUACUAUGGAGAGAAACUGGCCAAAAAUACUGCCAAAGGACCUGCCUUCAUUUCUACUCAACCUCAGAGCUCCUUGUACAAGCAAAGUGAUUCUGAGGAACCAAGUAGUAAAGAGAAUAGCUUUACCCUGCUCGAACUGAGAACUAACUACAAGACAGAGACUACGGUUCCAAAUGAAAUACAGUGUUCUGACAAGAUUCCUGAGGCAUCAGUUAAUCACCAAAUGGAAUCCAGAGUGGGGGUCGUAGAGAGCCCAAGGACCUUCUCCACUUGGUCCCUAGCAGAUAUUUCCUGGAGUUAUCGGGAAUCUAGGGAGGACUGUAAGACCUCUGACACAGAGCAAAGCUUUGAAAGCUUACAACCUUUGGAAGAAGAUUUGGAUUUAAGUGAAGUCCUACAGAAAUUAAAACACACCAACAAAAAACAGCAAACUCGAAUUCAAGACCUGCAGUGUAGUAACAUGUAUUUAGAGAAGAAGGUUAAAGAAUUGCAGAUGAAGAUGAUCAAACAGGAAAUGUUGGUUGACAUUAUUAAUAAGCUAAAAGAGAAUGUUGAAAAGUUAAUUGAAGACAAAUACAAAGUAAUACUGGAGAAGAAUGAUACUGACAAAACACUGAAGAACGUGCAAGAGAUUUUAUCUAACACUCAAAAACAUCUUCAAGAAUCUCAGAACGAAAAGAAAAAUUUACAGCUUGAGCUUAAGAAGAUCAAGAUGAGUUAUAUUCAUCUUCAGGAAAGGUGCAUGGCAGAAAUUCAGCAAAAAAGUAAAUCAGUAAGUCAGUGCAUCAAAAUGGACAGAAACUUAAGCAAGAAAAAAGAGGAAGUAGAGAGACUGCAAAAAGCCAAAAAGGAAUUGGAAAUGGCCACUGCUUCCGCUCUGGACUUAUUGAAAAGGGAAAAGGAGAUCCUAGGACAAAAGUUCCUGUCUUUCCAGAAACACGAAAAGCAAAACUUGCAAGAAAGUCAGAAACUGAAAUCUAGUCUUGACAAAUUAAUUGCUCAAGUUAAAAGUUUGCAAUUCAUCUCUGAAAACGAAAGGGCUAAGAAUGUGAAACUUGAACAGCAAAUCAACAAAGUAAAAAGUGAAAAUGCAGAACUUCAGCAGCAGCUUACAAGGAGUGGGGAGCAAAAUUAUGUCCCUAAAUUUGAGCAAGCUGAGGUAAAGGAACAGUUGGAGGAUGUUAUGGAAUCAGCAUUUGUAAAGGAGACAAAGAUGAAUCAUUCGAGUUUGCUUCUGAAUUGCUCCUCUUGUGAAGAAGAGAACUUGCACCCUCCAGAUGAGAAAAGAACUCAGUUGACCUCUAACGUUCACAACCUGCUGACUCUGAUGGUAGGACUUCUCACAUGCCAGGAUAUCACCAAUCCUGAUGCUGAAAACUUCAAAGAGAAGAACAAAAAUAUUGAUAUAAUGCUGCAAAAACUGAAGUGCUUCCAUCUUAAAAAGAAAAAUUUAGAUAAAGAGGCCACAGGCUUUGAUUCAUUUGAUGCCAACAAGAUCAAUGAUGUACCCAUCUUAUUGGAAGCCAAACUGGAUAAGUAUCACAAUCUAAAUGAGGAGCUGGAUUUCUUGAUCGCAAAAUUGGGACAUCUUCUAGCAUCAAAAGAAGACCACUGCAAUAGACUCGUUGAACAAAAUGAUGAGUUUCAAAGACAUUUAGGCAACUUAAUAGAUAAGGUUACAUCAUAUGAAGAAAUUAUUGAAUGUGCCGACCAAAGGCUUCAGAUAUCUCAUUCUCAGAUUGCACAUUUAGAAGAGAGAAAUAAACAUUUGGAAAACUUAAUUAGGAGGCCCAGAGAAAAAACAAGAAAACUGAAACCAAGAAGAUUAGAAAAUCAUCCCAAAUCCAUGACCGUGAUAGGGCAUCAUAAUGAUCAUUUUAAAGAAUAUUAUAUUACCAUGUAAUGUGGCAAUAACACAAGAUUAAAUGAGUUUCUGUAGUGACAUUUCAGUAAUGUCCAGCUUGUAUUUCAAGUUUAUUUUCUGCA